AUGGCAGAAACAAUGCGAGCAGUCGACAUCAAAAACCGCACCGGCCCCGCAACUUCCCUCUUCAUCAACCCCUCCACCCCAAAACCUAUACCCAAACCCACCGAUGCUAUUGUCAAAAUAAAAUGCUUCGGCCUCAAUCGUAUGGACUUACUCCAACGCGAAGGCCAUUACCCUGUCCCACCUCAAGCGCCCAAAACUUUAGGCGUCGAGUUUUCGGGCACGAUUGAGAGCUUUGGAAGCGAUGCGGAGCAGGGUUUCAACGUGGGAGACGAGGUUUUUGGGUUGGCGUACGGAGGGGCGUACGCGGAGUAUAUUGCUGUAAGCACGCAUAUGUUGAUGCACAGGCCGAAGGAGUUGAGUUGGGAACAGGCGGCUGGGGUCCCCGAGACCUGGAUCACAGCUACUCAGGCCAUGUACCUGGUGGGCGGCUUCGCUCCAGGCAAGUCGAUAUUAUGGCACGCCGGCGCAUCGUCAGUGUCAAUAGCAGGAAUCCAGCUGUCAAAAGCCGAUAAGGCUUCCGCAAUCUACGUUACUGCAGGAUCUCAAGAGAAGAUCGAUUUUUGCAUCAAAGAGCUCGGCGCAACAGCUGGCUUCAAUUAUCACACGCAAGACUGGGCGAAAGAGAUCCUAAAAGCAACAGAUGGCAAAGGCGUCGACGUCGUCAUUGAUUUCAUCGGCCAAAAUUACUUCCAAGGAAACCUUGAAGUUGCUGCACGGGACGGGCGUAUCGUGAAUCUAGGGGCCAUGAGCGGCACCAAACUCCCUGCUGGCGUGGACAUCGGAGCUUUUGUAAGGAAGAGGAUCAGGUUUGAGGGAAGUAGCUUGCGGAGUCGGGACGAAGAUUAUCAGGGGAAGCUUAGGAACACGCUGGUCGAGCAUGUGGCUCCAAAGAUGAAGGACGGGAGUUUCAAGGUGCUAGUCGAGAAGGUAUUCCCGUGGGAGGAUAUCGUCCAAGCGCAUCAGUUGAUGGAGACUAAUAAAACGAAGGGGAAGAUUAUUUGUAGAAUAGACUAG